CGCAGAUGUAUACGUAGGAUCGUGUGAAAUAAUGGUAGCUAUGAUGGGUUGCCUGGCUAGAGAAAAAGGGUGGAAGAAAGGCCCUUGGACUGGUGAAGAAGACAAGUUGCUAAGUGAAUAUGUUAGCUUGUAUGGGGAAGGAAGGUGGAGUUCAGUGGCAAAGUUUACAGGAUUAAAUAGGAGUGGCAAAAGCUGCAGGUUAAGAUGGGUAAAUUAUUUGAAGCCUGGUCUGAAGAAAGGUCAAUUAACACCUUUCGAGGAAGGAACCAUUAUGGAACUACAUGCAAUUUUGGGUAACAAGUGGUCUACAAUAGCAAAGUACUUGCCAGGUAGAACAGAUAACGAGAUCAAGAACUACUGGAGAACCCACUUCGGGAAGAGGGAGAAAUCCAAACACAAGAAGCUACAAAGGCGACAGAAGGAACAACAACAACAACAACCUGAGAAGUGUGAUUUCAAAAGCAUCAUGUGCCACAAGGAUACCAUGAACGGAACAAAAUCGUUUGAGACACAAAAUAGUAAGAUACAAGAAAUUGGAUUGAUGAACCCAACAAUAGAUAACCAAUACAAUAAUACCGUUCCUUCCAUGCACGAGGGUUUCUCAUCCACGUGGCCGGAGGAUGAUGGCUUAUGGUUUGGUUUAUGGGACUUUGAUGAACCACUGAUGAGUUUUGCAGAUUAUGUUAACCAGUUUAGCAAAUGUGUCAUGCCAGAUGAAGGCAUAUUUUCUGCUGGAGAGGAUUCCACGCAAAGUCAUGUUUGUUUUGAUGAUAUAUUUGGAUGAACUUUUGUAUGAUUAUGCAGCUUGUUGAUUAAAUAACCUCAUCUUAGUAUCUUUUUUUUGG